AUGGGCCGAUUCGUAGACAACAUCGGUAAGCGGGCACAUCGCCACCUCCUGUCGCCAGGCUCGCUAAGCCCACCCAUACCGCUUCGACGCGUGAUGCUACAGUCGCAAACUGGCCCCGCCUUCCCCCGAAGCAGGAGCAAAAGGCGUCGACGAACCCUUUGACCCUUUUGCGCUCGCUAACAGCACUGCAGUGGGCCUUCUUCCUCUGUAAGUCCCCGUGUCCGGAAGUGCGCGCAGAGUCGAGCAAGUCGGAGGUCGCGUGACCUGUCGAGAGCGGACUCGCCCAAAGGCACUAGCACGGACAGCGCUCUGUUAUGAGACAGGUCUGCUGAAACCGGUGCCCCCACCCGAACGAUCCUUUUCCUACUUCAGGUGGAUGGCUAGCCUGGCUUUGCGAUGCUAUUGAGUGAGUCCGAGAGUGGGGGUUACGCCGUCGCACAACGCAGGGCAGCCGUGCUGAACGUUCUGUCCGGUUUUUCCGAUGCCCAGCUUUUUCGCCGUCUCGCUCACCGUCGUCCGACUUGCCAAGACGUUCAACAAUGAGGCCAAGGAGAUCACGACCUCGAUCACGCUGACCCUCCUCUUCCGUCCCCUCGGUGCGAUCAUCUUUGGUCUCAUGUCCGAUCGCUACGGGCGCAAGUGGCCGCUCAUCGCCAACCUGCUCGUCUGCGCUGCCCUCUCCCUGGGAACGGGCUUCGUCCGGACGUUCUCCGAAUUCUUGGCCGUGCGGUCGCUCUUUGGUGUGAGCUGCUCGAACUCGGUCUCUCAGAUGAACGGUUGAGUGAUCUUGGAGCUAACGUGGCGACUGUUCUGAUGCAUCAGAUCGCCAUGGGCGGUAUCUGGGGUCAAGCUGCCUCUCUGGGGUUGGAGAACUUACCUGUCGAGGCCCGUGGUCUUUUCAGUGGUAUCAUGCAGCAAGGUACGCCGAAUGAUGUCUUUCAACGAUUCGUGUGCAUGUUAUCUGACCAUCUUCCGGUGCCUUUCAUUUUUCUCCUUCUCCGUCGCUUUCGCUACUCCAGGCUACGCCGUGGGGUGAGUAGUCCGGCUUCGCAAGUAUACGAGCCGUUUCGGUCUCUUUUGCUGAGCUGCAGACACCAUCCUGUUGUUUCGUCCAUUCACAGCUACUUGUUUGCCGCCGUUCUCAACCUCUAUGUCGUCCCGCACUACAAUGAUUGGCGCGUCCUCUUUUAUGUUGCCGCCGGAAUCUCGGCUGGUUCGGCCGUGCUCCGCGCGUUGGUGCCGGAGUCGACCUACUUCGUCGAGCGACAGAAGGCCGAGAAAGCCAGUGGGCACCACAUGUCGUCUGCACAAAAGUCCAAGAUCUUCGUCAGCGAGAUCGGCUACGCCUUCAAGACGGACUGGGGCCGUCUCGUCUUUGGUGUAAGUUAUCGCGCGUGAGACGCCACUCGCGCGGCACCCCGCUGAAUUUUUGUUGGCCCUUGUUUCCCCAGGUCCUCCUCAUGUCCGGCUUCAACUUCUUCUCCCACGGUUCCCAGGAUCUCUAGUAAGUUAGAAAUUCCUGUCAAAUCCGCCCCCUCCCCCCCCCCCCCCCCCCCCCCCCCUUCCUUUUCCCCCUUUCCGAGGCGAUGGGCUAAACAUCUCUGUUCACCAUUUCUUCAACAGCCCUACCUACCUCCAGAAGGGCAAAGGUCUUUCCGCUCACGCCAGUACGGUCGCCACCAUCAUCGGUAAUUGCGGUGCCAUCGUCGGUGGUACGAUCGCUGGAGCCGUUUCGCAACGCCUCGGUCGCCGCAUCACCAUCAUCAUUUGCUGCAUUUGGACAAUUUGCUGGAUCCCGCUGUGGCUUUUGCCCAACAAGUUCGGCCCUCUUGCCGCCGGUGCGUUCUGCUCUACGAAAAGGCGCGCCGAUUAGAAAGUUCCAAUGACUGACGUAGCCGCAUUGAUCCACCCCACAGGAGCCUUCUUCGUUCAGUCUGGUGUUCAAGGCGCAUGGGGUGUCAUCCCGAUUUACCUCACCGAGAUCUCGCCCGUCGCGUUCCGUGCGACGGCCCCGAGUCUCAUGUACCAAUUGGGCAAUAUGGUUUCCUCCGCUUCAGCGCAGAUCGAGUCGACCGCCGGCGCCAACAUCAAGACCAAGAGCGGAUUGCCCGACUACGGCAAGGUCUCGGCGAUCCUCAUCGGUGUUGUCGCGGCCUGGAUCAUUUUGUGCUGCAUCUUUGGUUCCGAGGACCACUCGGCUCAUUUCGAGAACGCCAAGGCGGCUUUCGAACCCAGGGGUCACACCGAGAUCGAAGGCAAGGAUGCGCGAUCAAAUCCGAGUCUGGAUGGCGAGGCGGAGAAGGAUGCGGUCGAGUACAAGGAGCGUGUCUGA